UGGAUUGUUAAAAUCCUACGGUCAAUCGGUCAUGACACCCCACACGCGCGCACAGAUUCAAAUCCAACAAAGUACGUGGUUCCAGAAGGCCAGCCGGUCAACAGUACACAUGUCAACUGCGAGCUACCCACGUGUCACUACCCCAGUCUCCCUUUCUUUCAACCGCUACAAUGGCGACCGGGAAACCUGGAAUCGCCACUCGCCCACUUAACUCUCUAACGGUCCUCCCUUCCCUACUACCAUGCUUUGGUUUCAGCCUCGUAGAUCUCUCACAUACAUUUGCUUUGUCUUUAAAGUUGUUAUCCUUAGCUUUUGGAUUCUUGCUCAUUACUGAUAUCUUCCAUCUGGGUUUUGUGAGUUUUUAUCUGCAUUCUUUGGAGAAUCGAAAAGCUGGGCAUGAAUAUGUGUUUGGUUCCUUGGAAAGUCCGAGAAAUGGCGGGCUAAAGUUUUCUUGGAUCGAGUGCUUUUACAGUUGGGAAAGAGGACAGCUGGUUCGUGCUGUGUGGCCAUUGGGGUUUGUCUAAAAAUGGGAUUCCUUUUUUAUUAUUAUUUUUUAGGUGAAUUGUGAGCAAUGGGUAUAGUUUGAAAGAGUUGGUUUUUGGGAAAAUCUAGAGUCCAGCUAAGGUCACAUUUUUUGAGCUCUUUCUUGUUUUUCUUUUUGGCUGUGAUUAAUGGGUUGAGUUCUUUAUGGGUUGGGAACGAGAAUGGCUCCAGGGACUGAGUUCUCGCCAGAUAAACGGAAUGAUGGUGGGUGCUUGAAGGGAACUAGCAUGUCUGCCAUGGAGAAUCUGAAUAACGAUGAUGAUUCGUUGGGAAACUUGAUCCAAAUGGAUCCUGGGAAACCCCCGAGAAACUUCUCCGGUAUGCGGCAUUGCAACAGCUCUACUUUUUUGGCUGAAUCUGAUUUAGAUAUUGGUAUUAUAUGCUUGAAGUCACCAUCAGAUGAGAAAUCUGGAUUUUUACCCAUAUUUCGUUCUGGAAGCUGUUCUGAGAAAGGGCCAAAACAGUACAUGGAGGAUGAGUAUAUCUGUGUAGAUAAUCUUCAUGAACAUCUUGUCAUAGCUGCAGAAUUCUCUUCUCCUGGUGCAUUUUACGGGGUGUUUGAUGGUCAUGGUGGUGUAGAUGCUGCCUCAUUCAUCAGAAAGAAUAUACUUAACUAUAUUGUUGAAGACUCCCAUUUUCCAUCUGGCAUAAGAAAGGCUGUUAAGAGUGCUUUUGUGAAGGCUGAUCAUGCAUUUGCAGAUGCUGCUUCUCUUGAUAAUUCUUCCGGCACCACGGCUUUGACUGCCUUAAUCACAGGAAGGACCGUGCUAAUUGCUAAUGCCGGGGAUUCUCGAGCUGUGUUAGGCAAACGGGGAAGAGCAAUUGAGCUGUCCAAAGAUCACAAACCCAACUGCACCUCUGAAAGACUAAGAAUUGAGAAACUGGGUGGUGUCAUUUAUGAUGGCUACCUCAAUGGUCAACUAUCAGUGGCACGUGCUCUUGGAGACUGGCAUAUAAAGGGCUCUAAAGGUUCAAAGUGCCCGUUAAGCUCUGAGCCAGAGCUGGAGGAGAUUGUCCUGGCAGAAGAAGAUGAGUUUCUGAUAAUGGGUUGUGAUGGCUUGUGGGAUGUGAUGAGCAGCCAGUGUGCAGUUACAAUGGUGAGGAAGGAACUAAUGGCACAUAAUGAUCCUGAGAGGUGUUCAAGGGCACUUGUCAAGGAGGCACUCCAACGCAACACCUGCGAUAAUCUGACAGUUGUCGUGGUCUGUUUCUCCACAGAUCCACCUCCUAAGAUUGAAAUUCCUAAAUCCCACAAGAGGAGGAGUAUAUCAGCUGAAGGGCUGGAUCUUCUCAAGGGUGUCUUGAAUGGUUCAUGAACAAGAUUUUCUGACAGCUUGUAUAGACCAAAAGUGGUGUGGGUUAUACCUCUUCAUUGGGGGAUUUUUCUGACCACCUGCUGCGGCUGGACACUGCUGAGUUCUUUCAAAAAUCAUAUUGUACAUUUGAGACGCUUCUUAUCACUGAAUUCUGGAGCUUUUAUCCCUUUUAGAAAUUUUGAUUUGUACCA